AUGUGGAAAAACGAACUAAAUAAAACCAGUGCCAGUAUUUCUAAUGAGUUACCACCAGCUUAUUCACUUCAUCAACAUGCAUGUCUCACACUUAAUCGAACUGAUCGUCUACGACUUAUUCGAUUUCCAACAACGAUUAACAGUGUUGUUCGACACGCUAUUCUUUCUAGUUGGCAUCGUGGUUUACAAAAUGAGAAAGAAUAUGCUGGUGCAUAUGAAUUUAAGUUAAAUGGAAAUCCUUGGCUUGGUCAAGGAAGUGAAGCAGUAGAGUCUCGAGUUAUGAUGAUAUCAGUUCUUUCAGCUUUACAUCAUCAUGGUUGGUAUCUUUUGAUGUCAACUGAUGUUUCCAAAAAACAACAAGAUAAGGAUUUAUUGAUUUUUCAACUUGGUGUUCCUCCACAAUCAACAUCAUUUUUUGCUGUUUCAUUUAAUGAAUGGGAUAAAUUACGUUUGAUUGGUGCUCCACAUGAUCUAAUACGUGCAGUUCCACAAACUAUUGGUACAAAUGUAAUCCAACGCGAAGAGUGGGUUUAUUCACAAACAGCUUAUCAAUUUAAAUUGCGUGGUUAUCCAUGGACAGCUGAUGGUGACGAAGCAGUCACUAGUCGAAUAAAACUUCUCGCCUUACUUGACUGUUUUACAUCAUUCGGUUGGGAAUUACAUGCAAGUAUUGAUAUGAGUAUUGGUCAGGAAGGUCAUGAUACUGACACUUGGUUUUUUCGUCGAAGUAAUUAA